GGCGGACCGUGGAGGUUGCACUUCAGAAGAGUCUGUUGAUUAUGUGCUUGAUAUUAUCGCCGAGGUAUCUUUUUGUAUUUUUCUGCCGGGGAUGGGCCAGAUUGGGAAGGGCGGUACGAGGGUGAGACUUGGCGUUGGUGUUUUGGAACAUCAAAGAUGGACAGGGUUUUCGCGGAGGUCGCUCCUCGGAUAUCUCCACAACUACAGGUCGGGGGUCUUCCAAAAUCGAGAAGAUUGGUGCAUAUGGCUAGGUCACUUCACCUUACAAUUUGUAUGGCACUCUGGCCCGGGGUUGUGGUGUGGUAGGGGAGAACGGGGGAUAAUCCCACACAGGAGCUUCGAACAACGUCCGGUUCACGUUUGGCUGGAUAACUCCACCACCACACGGGGUAUGCGGUCGGCGAUGGGGUCAAAAUGCUCGUAUGAUCGAGGGCUUUUCGAUGGAUCUAUCGGCGGGUUCUUAUUCGAAAAAUCGAGCGAGUUCGACUUGAACUGA